AUGAAGUCGUUGAAAAGAGACAAUGAUGGUUCCAUUCGGGGGGAAGUUUCAUUUAAAGAGAUCCCUGAAAGAAGAAAGGGAAGAAGCUCUCCUGACCAUCUUGAGUGCAGGCCUAACAUUCAAAAGAUGGAAACUGAGUGCAAGGAGAAAAUGCCAGUGAUUUCUUCAGCUCUGCUCAACUUCAGAAGGUUCAAGAAAGAACGAUUCAACUCCUAUGCUUGCUCUGUGGAUGACGAGCAGCAAGUCAUCAGCAGCCGUUUCUUCAAGGCCAUAACACAAGGAUUCCGAGAAGAGCUCAAGCUGCCAAAAGAUUUCAGUCGCAGCUUGGGCAGAGAAAUCCCGGAUGAUGCCAUUUUGAUCAGCAGCAAAGGGAUGUGGGCUGUUGAAGUUAGUAGAUGCAGCUGCCAUGGCCAACUGGUCCUAUCUGGAGAUAACUGGACCCUUUACAUCGAUCAGCAUUAUCUGGAUGUUGGCGACCAAAUUCUGUUUGAGCAGACUGAUCCGCUGGUUUUCCGAACAUAUGUGUUUGAUGAAUCUUCUUGUGAGAAAAAGUUUCAUUUGCCAGGUCACUUCUCCAGAAUGGCAGGACUUGAUUUUCCAAGUGAAUUGCUAAGAAAUGGAAUUGUGAAGUCAAGAUGCUAUGAGAAUCAAUUUGCAAUUCUUGUUGAAGAUCAUCAUGUGAACCAAAACUAUCUGAGCAUUCCAGCUGAAUUUCAAAAGCUGAAUGAUGGUCUGAAAGGGAAAGAACGAGCCGUGAUCGUGAAUGGUCAAGGAAAUGCAUGGGAAAUGGAAAUUGUUUGUUACAGUGAUGAUCGACUGCGUGAAGGUUCUCAGAGGAACAGAAAGCUGAGAAACGGAUGGAGGGCUUUCUUCACUUCAAACAAGGUCAAGGCCGGAGAUGUUUGCGUUUUUGAAUUGGAUCCUUCCAGCAGCCUGAGAAGUUUUACUAGCAUUGUGCUGAUGAUGAAGAUUGUGAGAUUUAUGUAA